UUCGUCGUUAGUAGAGAGAGAAGACGUCCCUCUCUCUCUCUCUCUCUCUCUCUCUCGUCUCUUUCUCUCCAUUUCCAUUUCAUUCCCGGGCGGGAACGAGGAGGAGGAGAGAAUGGCCGCUGCUGCCACCGCCAACGCCCAGGAGUCGUCGUCUGGGGGCGGGAGUGGGGGCAUGUCAACCGCGAUGGCGGCGUCCCUGAAGAAGGGCCCGUGGACUUCGGCGGAGGACGCCAUCCUUGUUGAGUAUGUGAAGAAGCACGGAGAGGGCAACUGGAAUGCUGUUCAGAAGAACUCGGGGCUUUCGCGGUGCGGGAAGAGCUGCCGCCUGCGGUGGGCCAACCACCUCCGCCCCAACCUCAAAAAGGGGUCUUUCUCCCCCGAGGAGGAGCGCCUCAUCCUCCACCUCCAUGCCAAGCUCGGCAACAAGUGGGCACGCAUGGCUGCUCAGUUGCCGGGAAGGACGGACAAUGAGAUCAAGAACUACUGGAACACUCGUAUAAAGCGGCGGCAGAGAGCGGGGCUGCCCCUCUACCCGGCCGAGAUGCAACGCCAGGUGCUGAGCCACCACACUCGGCCCCUCAAUUGUGAUGGUUUUGCCCCUGUUUCCGCCAAGCCCGCUGAGCUUCAGCCCCCUCUCGCCUUCGAUUGCCUCAAGCCUCUCAACCCCCAACAGCAGCGGCAACCGCCACCCCCUCCCCUCUGUUUUGAUCAUCCAAAGCCUCGGCCUUUCUUUGAAUCGAGCAAUAGUCCUCAAAUUCUCAAUUGCGAUUGUUACCCACUCCCGUCUCAGAUGCCUCACCUCAAGCGCUUCUCCGACCGCGCCAUGUCCUUCUCUGCCCGUGCCUCCACCCUGUCUCACGUGGCUCUGGCCGCAGCACCGGCACCGGCACCAGGUCCCCUUAGUUUCAGGCAAAUGGGUAACUUUGGCAUGGCUAGAAGGCUGAUGCCCCAGCUUCGGGGUUCAGAUAUGGGGAUGGAGUUUUGUGGUCUUUCGGAGCCAUCAAUACCCUUCAACAACGGUGGUUCUUCUUCUUUCUCCAUUAAGAUGGAGCUCCCUUCAAGCCAAUAUGCCGAGUCUGUGUCCUCGAACACCGGCUCGGGCGCACCACCAAGUGGUGGUGGUGGGCCAUCGCCUAUGGAAGUGGUGGGGCCCACCGCUGAGCCAUUGGGCCAAAGCAAUAGCGGGUUAUUGGAUGCACUUUUGCUGGGGACUCAGCCUAUGAGUGGUUGUGAGGAAUCAGGGACCCCUGUUCAUUCACAGUCCAAUUUUUGGAAGAAUCUUCCUCCUCCACCGCAGCCUCAGGUCAUGCCUGCAAAUUCAAAUUGCAAGGUGGAGUGGACCGCUGCUGAGGACACGAUUCUUGCUGCCCCCUCCCCUGCUACUCCUUGUGCAUUGGAUGAUUCGAGCUCUGCCCAGUCUUCAAUGGGAAUGAAUGUGAAGCUGAAGAAAGAGGAAAUGGGGGAGAAGGAUGGGAACCGUAUGGAAGAGGAGGAGGAGCUCUCGACCCUUCUCGAUUUCAGCACCCCUUCGGGCGCACCGCCUAUCGCCGACUGGUACAGUGAUAGCACCGAGAUGUCGAAUGCUCAGUCGGGAGUUACAGACUCACCCAAUACAGUCGUGUUUGAAGAAGAUAUGGGCUUGGAGAUGCGGCACCUCACUUCUUCUCUGUCAUCCAACGACCAAAUAUGGGCUUUGGGUUCUUACGCCUGGAACAACUUGCCUGGAAUAUGCUGAUCGUCUCUCAUUCUAGAGUGAGAAACAAGAGAGAGAAAGAGUGAGACCUGCUAGGGAUUUCCUGCGGCCAUUUCCUACAAGAAGAGCUUCCUUUGGUGCUGUACGCCUCUCUCUCAUGGCUGGUUGUUUUCCUCUCCAUUGAUGUUAAUGUGCAGAGGGAGAUUACAUGUGGGUAUAUGGAAGGCGUGUUCAAAUUUUUACUGGUGGAUGUUUGUUUUUCUUAUACAGUUGCUUUAAAACUCUCUCCUUCUGGUUUGAAUUGUUAUGUUAUAAUUGUUUUCUUUUUUUAUGGUUGCUCACAUUUAUAUUGAUAAAUGAAUUCAAGAAACAUUGUUCUUGUU